AUGGCCUCCCCAACCACUCCCACAACCACCCCCACAACUAUCUCCAAACCACCCACUCCCUACCGCCAGAUCCGCGCCACUUACGACGCGACAACGAUAACCGUAUACCAAGCCUAUUCCGCAGCUAUAGCGUCCGCGGCAGUCGCGCACCAAAAACUCUCCGCCUCCCCCGACUUCUCUUUCACGCGCAUGACGUGGAUAAAGCCGAGUUGGUGCUGGAUGAUGUACCGCGCCGGCUACUCGUACAAGGACGUGCGCCAGACGAACAUACUCGCGCUGAAGAUGCAGCGUGCAGACUUUGAGGCGUUGCUUGAGACGGCUGUGCUGGCGCAUGGGCUGGCGCCGACGAAGGGGGAGGACGGGGAUGAGGAGGACAAGCUAGAGAAACGGAAGCGCAGUGAGAGAGUAGUGGUGCAGUGGGACCCCGAGCGGAGUUUUCGGGUCGGCAAGUUGGAGCAUCGGAGUAUCCAGAUUGGGAUUCCGAGGGCGUUGGUGGAGAAGUGGGUCGAGGAGGGGAUUGUAGAGAUAGAGGAUGUGACGCAGCGGGCGAGGGCUUUGAAGAAGGUGGUUGAAGAGGAGAAGGACGUGAUGAAGGUGGAGCUGGUGGAGAGAGGGUUGAUUCCUGAUGAGAGGGUUUACGAGGUACCGGAGCGGUUGAGGAGGAUAUUGGGGAUGGAUGAGGUCUGA